GAAUAACCAGCUCUCGAAGCGGAUCUCUCUCUGCUACCCUUAUAAGAAGAAUAUAUAGAGAGGAUACAAGAAGAACCAGAAGAGGAAGACGAUACAGAGAAGAAGGGAAAGAAACCUCACAGUCACGGUCACAGUCACAGUCACUGGUUUAAACUUCUUUCACAGAGACAAAAUACUAAUAAAGACAAAGUAGUAGUGGGAGACUUUUCACUCUUUCCUCUCCCCACUCAUCAGAGUCACCGGAGUCACAAGUUAGUUAUGUGGAUUUAUGUCUCUUGAGCGUUUCCUUCCUUUCUUCCGCCAUGCCGUCACGCCAGCCUCCGCCUCCCUCGCUGCGGCCGUUGUUCUCACUAACCGCCACUACACCACCACCGCCGCUGCUGCCACUGCCUCCACCUGAUCUUCCCAAUAGUAAUAAUCACCACCACCAUAGCGGCUCUCAUCUCAUCCCAGCGAUUGCCGGUGCCGCCGCUGCUCUAUCAGUUCUUAUCUUUCUGGCGGUUCUCUACCGGAAAUUGUCCCGCAAAAGGACGGUACCUGCCGAUCUAAAGCCCCCUCAUCGCUUCUCCUACACCGUUCUCCGCCGCGCUACUUCUUCCUUCUCGUCCUCCAACCGCCUAGGGAAAGGAGGCUUUGGUUCUGUCUACCGUGGUACCCUCCCUUCCGGUCAAGAAAUCGCCGUUAAGCUUAUGGAUUCCGGCUCUUUACAGGGGGAGCGAGAGUUCCAGAACGAGUUGUCACUCGCCGGGAAGAUCGAUUGCGACCGCGUGGUGUCCCUCCUUGGAUUUUCCUGUGACCGCAAGCGUCGACGGAUGCUUCUUGUGUAUGAACUUAUGCAUAACCGGAGCUUGCAAGAUGCCCUGCUUGAUUGUAAGCGUCCAGAGUUGAUGGAGUGGAAGAAGCGGUUAGCCAUUGCCAUCGACAUUGCGAAAGGUCUCGAGUUCCUUCACUCCGUCUGUGAUCCCCCCGUGAUUCAUGGCGAUAUUAAGCCUAGUAACAUCUUGUUGGACUCUUACUUCUCCGCCAAGAUCGCUGAUUUCGGUCUCGCUCGAUUGAAGACUGAGGAGAACUCCGAUGCCGUCGCUCUGGAGAUUCCCGAGACUGAUGCGCCAAAGGUGAAUAAGGAUAAUGGAUCCAAGGGGAAAAAGGUUGAGAGAUUGGAGAUUAAUGGUGCGGGUGGAGGCGAUGACAAUGGAUCUAUACUUGAAGAGACUGAGAGUGUGACAACCACUUAUGAAGACGCCAAUGCCGGUGUGGACCUGUCGCCUGAGAGUUUCAUCAGGGUUUCGGAUGCUGAAGCAUCACCGGAGACGACCUUUGUGGCAGAGGCGUCCCCUUCGGAGAUCUUGGACAAGACGAGCAUGUCGGAGGGUUAUUUCGAUAAGCUCAGUAUUGAUAGUAGCAAGGACACAAUUGGUGGUGGAGGGAACCGGAGGGGCGGAAAGAAGAGUGUUUCAGGAAAGGAUUGGUGGUGGCGUCAGGAAAAUUGCGGAGGCGCUUCUGACUCAGGGGGUGUCAAGGACUAUGUGAUGGAGUGGAUUGGGAAUGAGAUUAAGAAGGAGAGACCCAAGAGCGAUUGGAUUACUGCUUCAGCUUCUGCCAAUGAGGCUACGAAUACGGUUACGGCGAAGCCCAGUGGGAGAUCAGAACGGAAGAANCAUACUCAACUAUGA